UAAGAAUGAAGCGUGUAAAAAUGAAGAGGCACUUUUAUUCGAAUUAGCACAGGAUUUUGUUGAGCACAGAAGCUGAAGUUUUGCACCUCCUAUGCCUCCUGUGCCUUAGGAUUGCACACAAAUACCAAUGAUGUCAGGAAGGAAAAAGAACAGCAUACUUCCCUAAAACUACGGGGAGUACUAGUCAGCUUUUGCUGUUACAUAUAUCACAUCCGUAUUGAGUUAUUUAAGGUAUCGACUACGUUUCCUCAUGUUGCUCAGGGUGGCAACCUAUGAUUGCUUGUGACAAGUCAAAUACGUUUUAAAGCCCGGCUGGUUUAAAGUGAUUAACAUUCCUGGCUGUUGCGAGGGAGGAGGGGGAACCUUGGAUAGAGGAAGUCUGUUGGAGAUUUGCUUCAAAGCAGCUGGACAACUGAACAAGUCGUAGUAGGCUUACAACAGAAACGAGCACUUAUUUUGAAACUUAAAAGGAGAACCGCACAAGUUAAAGUUCUUUCGGUACCGUGCUGGUUAUUUCAUUUAUUUAUUUAUUUUUAACAAUUACGCACCAGGAUACUGUCAAAUUCUGUGGAUUUUUUUUUUUUUUUUUUAAUUCUCAGUAAUUUAUGAAGGAUAUGAUGUUGAAAAAAAGUACGAGUACUAGGAGUUGUUUCCUGCAGUUUGUAAGAAGACAAGGGGAGUCAACGGGGAAGUGAUGUGGCUCUAACAUUUUUAGCUAUUUUAAUUUAAAGAUUCAUAAACAAGGUUUCAUAAUUAUAAUUUACAUUGGGUACAUACAUAUUACAUUUUUUGGUUUAUUUAUUUUUUUUUUUUUUUGUUUUUUUUUCCCUUCAUCGUGCCACGUUUGUAAUUGCGUCUGCACUUUGCUAUCCAUUUGGCAGCUUACGGCUGUGCGUCAGCAUUUAAAUUUAGUGAACUAAAUUUACAGGAGAAAGACAGUAGAAAGAACAGACAUAUUGCUUACAAUACAAGCUGCAACGACAUUUUAUAAUUAUAAUUCGGAAGGCACGUUUGUUCCACAUAUCACUUGAGGGAGUAAUCCGCUCUACUUCCAGCAUGCUGGACUGAAGUAGGAUAUGGCAUCUGCAGUGUUUGAAGGCACUUCUCUGGUGAACAUGUUCGUCAAGGAUUGCUGGGUCAAUGGGAUCCGGAGGCUUAUCAUUAGCAAAAGAGGAGAAGAAGAGGAAUUCUUUGAGAUCAGGACAGAGUGGUCUGACAGAAACAUUUUAUACUUACACAGGAGUUAUUCGGACCUGGGGAGGCUUUUUAAGAGAUUACUGGAAUCCUUCCCUGAAGAUCGAAAUUAUCUUUCUCAAUCACCCCUAUUGGAAGGUCUUGUCAAGAUCAAGGAGGCUCAUGACAUUGAAGCAAGAUUAAAUGAAGUUGAGAGAUUUCUGAAAAAUACAGUAAACAUGCCCUGGAAGUAUGCCAGGUCUGAAGUGGUACUUACUUUUUUUGAACGGUCACCAUUAGACCAAGUAUUGAAAAAUGACAAUGUUCACAAGAUUCAGCCUUGCUUUCAAAGUCCAGUAAAAUUAUCAGAAAUCAUGAGAUCAAAUGGAUUUUGUCUAGCCAACACAGAGACAAUAGUCUUUGACCAUAAGAUACCCAACGGAAAAGAGCGACAUUUAUCAAUGGAUUCCACAGAACACCUGUUUGAGAAUGGGAGUGACAAUACCCAAGAGCUGGACAACAGUGACGAGGAUCCGGAGGCAUACGUCACCAAUCUAUCCUACUACCACCUAGUCCCUUUUGAGACUGAUAUUCUGGAGUGAACCUGCGGUUGGAUAAAGCCAAAAUCAGAUAGACAGGACUUUUAAUGUUCUGCCUGAAAUACAUUUGGAUCUCCAUUCUUGGUAUAACAAUUUUGAGCAAAGCGAACAGGAGUGUGUCUCAUCAUCACUUACCUGUAUUCAAACUUUGCACACUCACAUUACUUGUUCAAAGUUAUUCAGCUUCUAACCAGAUCCCAGUCAUGGCUAGACACAGUUUUUUGUUGACCUGGGGAACUGGCACUACUUUGCAAGUGCAAGCACAUAAAUAGCUAGCAGCCACCAAUAUACUGCAGUCAGAAUCUUGGACGCAUCAAGUAUUUAACAGGCCUCUGUGAGGAGCUUUAGUCAGGCAUGGAAAUCUUUCCAGUCAGCAAUUAACAAGCUUAGAGGUGUAUCUGAAGAAUUCAGAAGGAACAAAUAUGAAAUAGCCUAUAGAAUUGACUUUAAAUAUGCUACACAGGCUGCAUGCAGGCACUGGUUCUGUUUUAAGGUCAGUCAUUAUUUUUUACUGAGCAUUUUCAAAUCUGCUUCUGCAACCUCCCUCAAUUUCCUCCCCUGAAGUAAAACACGGCUGGAAUUUAAUGUACACUUCUAAACGUGUCCCUUGGGAACUAUUCAAAAUCACACCAAUAAAUCUCUUGUUUUAACUUCCAAAGCUUGCCACUUUUGCUAUUAUACCCAACAGAUUAAACACUAAAAGUAGUCGGCUAUCCUUGUAAAUCACCGGAGUGGUUUUGCUGUGAUUAUUUCACUAGAGUUUUAUCUUCCAUACUGUGGCCAAGCGUUGUUCUCAUAAUACACCCACUGUUUAUUUUCAGUCCUGGAAUUCAGCAACAGCAGCCAGCUUCCUAAACUCCCCUCACAAGGAGCCAGUGCAGCUUAGUGCUUACAGCUGCGACAUGGAGCCAGUAACAAAAUUCAAAAGGAAAGUCUUCCAUGCUUCAAAUAAUAACCUAGUGUUCAUUUGGUGCUCCUUGAUAAAUGGUAUGACGUAUUUGAAGAUUUUACUGAAAAAGAACUGUGAAAACAGUUGCUGUGUUGUUCUAAGCCAGAUCUUUUACUUCAUAAACUGCAACAACUAAGCGUUCAUGAGCGCACACAUUUUGCACCACUUUUUCUUAAGGGGAGGUUGUUCCUGACUGGUUUUCUGCUGGUAUUUACAGCAAAUAUUGGUGGUGUUGUGACUGGAAAUGGGAAAACAUACCGAUAUUUCUUUUUGUUGCUGUUGAUUAUUCAGCACAUACUGUAUAGUAGAGACUUGCUACCCACUUAUUGUCGGGUCCCGUGUAGUUUGUAUAUUAUAAUUUGGGCUUGGGUCGGGUCUGUGUUUGUUAUCAGCGAGUGGAUUAUGGCGUUUUUAAGUCUGAGUAUUCUUUUUCUUCCUCUGUGUGCAAGUGCUUCCUAAAACUCACUUCCUGCUUCACGAUUUUUGUGAAACCCCUUGCCGUGCACCGUAUGUUCUUUGAGAAAUGACGACAUUGUUGUAUUCAGUGAUGAUAAAAUUGUACAAUGAAAAUCUUGCAUAAUACUACUUAAAUAUGACAGCAAAAAGUCAGGAAAUUAAUUUCUGCAGAGGCAGACUAAAAACGGACGUCUUGUAGCUAUUUAAACACCAUAGUUGCAGUGUAAUAUUUGUUAUUGAAUGUUAAUAUAGCGGUUUCAUAGGUGUUCAGUCAAGGGAGCUACAUUAAAUCAAGCCAUUAUUAUAUCAUUAUGACUAUUUAAAAUAAAGGCAGCUUUUCUAUUUCAACUGGAACAAGUGUUGAAAUCCUUCAGUAUCAUUUAUAAGGCAUCUGUUUUCUGUAGCGGAUAAUAACAUUUGCAACAUAUACAGCUGUGUCCAAAAGUUUUGCAUAGCCCGAUAGAAUUAACAAAUUCAAAUGAAACCUGCUGAAUAAUGUUACAUUAACAUAUUGAAUUACAUACUGCUUAUAGUUUUCCAUAUCCUUUAGACAAAAAUGGAAAAAAAUGUGCCAUUCGACAACAAGAAAUACUGAACUACUAUUAUGGCUUCUGGUAGACUUUUGCUAUGUCAUUUUGUGGUUUCUUUGACUAAAUGAUGUUAAAUAAAA